AUGUUUGCUGACGAUUUUAAGCUGUGGAGACCCAUCAGAUCUGACGCAGACAGGUACGCGCUUAAAGACAGUCUGAACCACCUAAACAGUUGGCCAGCUCGCUGGCUCCUCAGUUUUAAUGUGGACAAAUGUGUGGUCCUGAGACUCCGCACCAGACAGACCAGUAAGGAGAACGAUUCCUUUCAAUAUGUCCUUGGCGGUCAGCCCCUUUCAAAUGUUGUGGAACAGAAAGACCUGGGCGUCCUAAUGACCUCCUCGCUGAAACCAUCUUCACAGUGUCAAAGGGCAGCCAAAAGUGCGAUAAGGGUGUUAUUUGCGCUGAGGCGAGGAUUUGUGCAGAUCGACAAAUAUCUGUUCGGAAAAACCUAUGGGGCAUUCGUCCGGUCUCACAUAGAGUAUGCAGUCCAGGCCUGGCGACCGUGGUUAAAGAAAGAUUAUCAACGACUGGAAAGAGUACAGGCGAUGGCUACGAAGAUGGUGAAGAAUCUUCAUCAUUUGCCUUACAAAACCAGGUUCACCGAACUAAAUCUGUUUCCUCUAAAUUACAGGCAACUGCGCGGCGAUCUCAUUCAAACCUACAGGAUUGUCAGAGGUCGUGAGUGUGCCCUAGACUUUAGUGAAUUCUUUGAAUUGGCCGGGACUGACCGUCUGCGUGGUCAUCCCUUCAAACUGCAAAGGAAGCGGGCUCGUUCGGACGUUCGACGGAACGCCUUCUCUCACAGGGUCAUCGGGGCAUAGAAUGGACUCCCUGAUGCCGUCGUUCUUUCCGAAAGUGUCAAGUCCUUUAAGUGCAGACUAGAUGCUCGUCUUUUGAGAACCUACUGUACAUAUAAUAAUGAUUUUUUUUAGCGGUGGCAGUUUGCGCCUGGCUCACACAUACCGCUAACUUCUUAACUUUUCGCAUUUGUUGAUGUAAUUGAUGACUUUAUUUCUGUUUGUCGAUAUGAAUAGGGAGCUCAAGGGCGAAAGCCUCAUUCCCUUAAUAACCUGACUUAAACUGACUUACGGAAGACGAAGGCGAACUUGUUCAUGAUGAAGAGUCGCCUCACGGAGUUGGACUUUUAGAAGGCAAGUUGUGGGUGUCUGUCGUCUAUUUUUUCCGGCAGACGAUGGGGCAGUGCCCGAAGAGACACAAGCGGCUUACGUCAGGCCUAUCCGGUUCCCAGUCUCACGUCUAAAGACCAUAGUCAAGACCGUGUCCUCCGUACAUUUGAUUAAUUCCGAAUCGCUCGCUGUCUUGAGCAGUGCAACGGAAAAGUUUAUUGUAGAUCUAACUGUGGAGGCUGCCCGGAUGGCCGCUGGUUCGGGGAGGAAGACCGUGUCGAAGGCUUCCUUUGAUGCUGUUAUAGCCACACUCCCUCAAUAUGAAUUUCUCGACGGCAUGUUGGAUUAA